UUCUCCCAUUCUACUUUUUUCUCUCAUUCUCAAGCUCUGUCAUAUUGGAUAUGGAAUAAAUUAAUGGUGAAAUUUUAAGAAAACAGUAUACAAAAUGUGCCGCUAGUCAUUAUCGGGAUAAUGACGCUUCGAAAUCUUCUGUAUAUACUUUCCUCCCGACGUCCCCUAACAUUCUUUUUAAAAAGGAAGCUUUCUCUAUCAUUCUCUAUGGCAGUGAGGUUGUUGUUACUAGCUAACUAUAAGAGUGGAGUUUUCAUGUUUUUGUGGAAGAUAUUUAGCUUAAUGACCAACGGAAAUAUUUUAAGUUAAGAACAAAAGGAUAAUUGUGUGCGGUGGGGAGCUCUGAAGAAAAAACGAUUCUGUCAUCCAAAUUAGAAACACAGGCAUCAUCCUUGAGGUCUUCCUUUCCAACAUUAAAGUCACAGAUGUCAUAAUUUGACCUGUUUUUUUCCAAGUUCCAAGUUGUUUUGAAUUUGGCAUUAGCCUACAUGUAAUUGGCUAAUGUAGGCUAAAGACAUAUAAACCCAACCUAUUGUGUUUGAUGUAGGUCAACUGGUGGAGAGGAUGAGUUGGGGCCGGGGAGUGAGAAAGAAAGCCAGCAGGCAGCAACUCCCCAAUGUUGAGGCCUUUGACCCAAAAAUUAUUGCAGAGGUCAGGGCGCUCUUCGGUAAAGUCAAGGCAUAUGUCAAACCAGGCAAUGAGGAAUGGUGUAUCCCUGACCCCAAUGAGGUUCUGAAACACCCAGCCCAGGAACACAUCCGCCUGCAGACCUUGAAGAAGUCUCUGAACAAGGUGAAGAACCGGCUAAGUGAUAAGGAUCUGGAGGUUUGGCACCAGCAUACCAAUUCCACCAACCGUGCGGGGAAAGUCAUUGCCACUGUGCGAGCUAUUGCCGAUGCUGAGAUCUGUACUCAGGCCUGGUGUAAAUUUUAUGAAAUACUGGGCACAUUCAACCUCCUGCCCAAAGAUGCACUGAGGUCCGGUGAGCUAAACACUGUUCACCUAUGUGAGGCUCCAGGUGCCUUCAUUGCCGCUCUGAACCACUACCUCAAAACCAGCGAGCACACGCGCUACUGCGACUGGAGUUGGGUCGCCAACACUCUCAACCCCUACCACGAGGCCAGCGGAGGGGGCACUGCCAUCACAGACGACCGCCUCAUAUCCAGCACACUGCCCUGGUGGUUCUUUGGAUCGGACGACACAGGAGACCUCAUGAGUCAGAAGCACCUGCUGGAACUGCAUCGUUUUGUGGGUAACAUGCGCAGGGUUGACGUGGUGACGGCGGACGGGAGCUUCGACUGCCAGGGGAACCCGGACGAGCAGGAGGCCCUGGUGGCGUCGCUGCACUACUGCGAGGCUGUGGCUGCGCUCGUUCUCCUGGGCCCAGGAGGAUCCUUGGUGCUGAAGAUGUUCACUCUGUACGAGCACUCCUCUGUCUGCCUUCUCUACCUGUUAAACUGCUGCUUCCGCUCCGUCAGUGUCUUCAAACCGGCCACCAGCAAAGCUGGGAACUCUGAGGUGUACGUUGUCUGUCUGCACUAUGACGACAAGGAGGCCGCAAGGCCCCUACUGUCCAAGCUGCUGCGUCAUUACGGGCCGGACCUGGCUGCCCGAGAGGCCCUGUUCCCCAGCCAGCUCCUCCCGCAGUCAUUCCUGGAGCAACAUGAGCAGGUGUGCGUCUACUUCCAUGCCUUGCAGGUGGACACGAUUGAGGAGAACCUGAGGUUAUUUGAGGGACUGAGCGAGGAGCAGAGGAAAAGGCUGGAAUGCCUCAGGGACUGUACUGCUCAGGAGUACUUGCAGCGCUUUCAGGUGAGAUUCCUGCCCCGGUCCCACUGGCUGUCCUGUAACAGCGUGACCCCAGCGUGCUGCAGUGUGAAGGUUGGCAAGCCACCGGGCCAAAGCAAACAGACGGGCUCCUUCAACCAGCGGAGGGAGCUGCUGGCACUGGGCUGGCGGGAGCGAGUGGGGAAGGGCUGCUACGCUGCCUGGGUGGAGGAGCACUGCUCCAAAGAUAGCGGGGCAGGCUGGGUGCUGCCAGGCCCGCUGGCCGGAUGUGACAUUAACUCCUGGUUCGUGGUAGUGGGGGCGGCACUCAGUGCUGUCAGGAACUCCUCGUUCUGUGACGGAGGUCUGCUGAACCACCUGAAUGAGGCUCUGGAGCAGACUGCCCUGGAGUCGGGCACGGACAGCUCCGCGGCCUGGACCGGGGCCCCUUCCUGUAGCUCCUGCUCGCUGGUUUGUACGGCCUCCAUCCUGACAGAGGUGGCGGCCCUCUGCACCGGUGAGGGAGACAGGAAGUGCUUAGUCUUUGGCAGGACUUUGUGGUGUGGGGAGCGAGUUGAGGGUUUGACGCUGGAGUUUUGUUCAGAAACCUUGUUCCAGCCUCCUGUCCGCACCCCCCUGCACGACGGGGAACCACAGUAUCAGAGGAACCUCGUGCACUGCGUCCUGGACUCCCUGAACCGGAUGGGCCCUGGGGAUGCACUGCUCCUGCCGCUCCUCUCUGCCUUUACCCGCGUCACCGCGGCAAUUGUCCUUUGCCUCCACCUGUCCUUUCGCUCCGUCACAUUCAGGGUUCCUGCUCCGCAGGGGGUAUUGCUGAUGUGUGUGGGGUUCUGUCCAGAGGCUGCCACUCGCAUUUUGGCCCCCCUCGGUGACCUGCAGGAGCGUAUGGACUGCCUGAAUAGCGGGGAGGAGGGCUCUGGCAGCCAGCCCCCUGCUGGCAAGAGACAGAUCCUGCAGUUUGUGCCAAUGGAGGAGCUGCUUAAAGAAGGGCUGAUAAAGUUCCUGUGGACCAUGAACUCCACCAUCGCUCGCCAACAGCUGCACCUGCUCAUGCAGGCUUAAGUAUCAGCAAGCCUCUUGCCAACAUCAGAAACGGUUUAUUUAAGGUUAUGUUUAAGCUUUGUUGAGUUACACGUAGAUGCACUUGAUCAGUAAAUUAGCUUGCGCAUGUUGUCCUAUGCUGUCCUUAAGAGGCAAAAAGUAUUAUGUCCUAUAACAAAUAAUUAAUCUGCUUUUUGAAAAUAGAUGUUAUUCUCAACAAAUGAAUUGCAUAUCUUAAAGUCGCAGCUGAUGUGAUCUUUUUCCUCACCUUUUGAGAAUGUCUCUUUUGUUCUGUUCACAUUCAUUCUCGCAGGGAUGUUUGAUUUCCGCGGUUAAGAGGCAGAGACGGGCUACAACUCAAAACGUGGGUUAAAGGAAAAACGUGAAGGGGGAGGUUCAUAAAGGAGGAGAAGCGACUAGAUGAUAAAUGCAUCUGGAGAAAGUGAUACGCACAUGUGCUGAAGCUUUUGGAUCUUUACAAAGAGGGAUACAUAUUCUCUUUCACUGUAUCUCAAAUUUGCCACCAGAUGACUACAUUUCAAACCUUCAAAAGCAAGGUUUACUUCUGUACCCCUUGCCUGGUCUGUGGAAAGUGUUGACUGUAAAUAUACUAGAUGACAUUAUUGACUAGGAUACUAACAUAAUGAUUCUGCAUAGGACAAAUCACAAGUUUUGCUCUUUCUACUCACAUUCUAUACAUCAUGGGCUUUUAGGAUUUUUUUUUAAAGGACUCUUACAAUAUGUAAAUGUAAUGUUUAUUUCACGCAAAAAGAGCUGUAUGGACUGGUCAAAUAGCAGUGCAUAACUAUAAUUACCAUUAUUGCUUCCUAGGAGCCACACAACCCUAAGACAAAUGUCACUGUUUAUUAACAAUGGGUUUGAGUCAUUUAUGGAAUGAAAACACUUACCUGCUGGUGUUGAAGUCAAUGAUACUUUUGGGAUGUAUUUGGCUUUGAUGAUCAGAUCCUGAAUUCUAAAGCAGAUUCUGAUCAAGUGUUUGAACCCUUCCAACUGCCAAGACAAUCUAAUUGGGUGACAGAUCAUGUAAUGGACAGUAUGACCGCUGCCUGCUCAGGAUAGCAUGAGGUGAUCAGAUGUAGUGGAAACAGCUAACAUGUAGCCUUUGAUAAGAUUCAGCUAGAUCUUUGUUUGGAAUUGGCUGAGGCCUAAACUUAACUUCGGUACUUUUUGUAAUGUUUGCCAGUAUGGCUUCUAGGUGUUUCAGGUAUAUUUUCCCCUAGCCUGGUCAGAAAACAAGCACUAAUAUGUUAUUUCUCUAGCCCCUACAGCAUUAUCACUUUUGACAGAUCUGAACAGGUGCAAGUGUUGGACAUUUUCCCUAUCCCAAAACCUAUCCCGUCCCUUCAGAUCUGCCCUCAAGGGAUGAGGCUGCAGGCUUUUCUUUUCGGACCUUGACAUAUUGUAUUUUUUAUAUAUUUUUAUUGUUCUCAAACUUAAUGCCUAACUGACCUUCAUUUGUUCAAAUUAGGGCAUUGUUUGGUCAACUUCCCUAAUUUUCUGAUGUAAUGCCUUUUCAACAGCACAAUGAGUCAUGGAUUUCCAAUUUAAGUUACUUAAAGUAAAAAUACUUCAUUAUUACUGCUGGGCGGGCAGUACUUGUGUUGUGUUAAAGAGCUGAUGAAUAGGCAUAGAGAAAUGUAAUUACUCGCAAAGUCAUAGAGCUAGGAAAGAGCCUGACCAUCCAACAUAUAAACAUUCUCCUUUCAACCUCA